GCGAACCUCCGUCGGAUAGUGCAAAGCCACGAGGAUGCGACACAGGCAGUCAAUGCCCGUGUAUUGGACCUGGAACAGGCUGUACCAGGACCAGAUGCUGGUGCUUCCAGCAGUGCACCCUCUAGCCGCCAACUGGAGCAACGCGUUGACCACGUGGUGGCAAUGCUCGACGACAUCAGCACCUUCGCUGCGCCGACCACCAUCAGCAGCCAGCUGCAUACCUUGCAGACCGAGGUCCAGCAGCUGCAGUCGACGAACACGGAUGGCAAUCCUAAGUUGUACAAAAUGCCAACUUUCCAACUGGAAAAGUUCGACGACUACACGCAGCAGGAUCCGACCCUCUGGUGGGAGGCAUUCACGACGCAACAAGAUUCUGCUCGUCGCCAAGCACGCGUACAUCGGCGCCCUGUUCAUGAACUCAAAGGGCGGAUGCCAGACCUGGUUGACCCACCUGCCAGCCUCCCACAGCGUCGACGUACCAGAUCUGAAGGACAAGAUCACAUGGGAGGAACUGACACGGCUGUGGAAGAAGUGGUUCAUCGUCGACGACGCGCCGACACUCGCCAUCAACCGUUUGUUCACCAUGUCACAGGGCAACACUGCAACACGGGAUUGGCUCACGGAGUGGCAGAAGAUUGCGGCAGUGCCCAAUCUGGACUUGCCAUUCACACAUUUACGCCGUGAGUUCUACAACAGGUCCUGUGCUGCAUUGAGCCAGGCUCUUGGUGAUCGCGAGCAGCACACCACUUUCGCUGAGAUCAUUGACAAAGCGAGGGAGAUCAUCAAGACCAACAGGCCAGCUGCACACGAGAAAUCAACAUGGCAGCCGACCUAUGUGGAGAAGGUACGAACUGGUCCGCGACCGCAGCACUUCGCUGCAGUCCAGUCGGACAAUGGAGAUAACCCAGCAGCCACUCCAGCAUCAGGUGACGGAGAUCAGGUGGCUGCUGUCCAUCCGCGAAGCAACAACAAGUCCCGCAACAAUGGGAAGGCGAAACCAGCAUCGCAGGCCGGAAAUGGACAGCUUCCAUGGGUCAAGUUCAGCUUGACCGAGGCGAAGUACAAGUACCGCGCUUCGCCGCAAUCUAUCGUCGGGGAUUCGACGUCAGGGUCAAGACUUGAAGAGCUCGACCCGUUGACGUUCACGGACUUCCGGUGGAUGCCCGUUCCCUCGACCGGACGAUUGCCGAAACCGCAUUGCAACGUGCUGAUGGCAGAAUGGCGGGAUUACUUGCACACUGCAGUACCAGCUCCGUUGAUGGACGCCGGAGCAGAGGUUGUCGACCUUCAGGUUUACAUCGCGAAGAUCGACCGCGAGUUCAAGACGCAACGCAAGGAUCACCCGGUGAACUUCUUCAACCGCACCGUUCACGUUCGUGAUCGGAAGGGAGUAUUAGUUCCAUGCACGGUGCCUCUUCCUCAUCCUUCGAUCAGCUGCCACGUGGUAUCCGCCGCAAGCAUGCGAGCUUCCAUCAUCCGAGACGACAUCGAGGAGAUGUGGGUGUGUUUUCUCCACACCCUCCCGCCCCGAGACGCUUCAUCGACGGACUCAUCUUCGGAUCCACGCAUCACCGAGCUUCUCGACGCCUACAGCGACGUGUUCGAAGGCCCCCACGGAGUAGUACCGGAUCGGCCCAUCCGCCACGAGAUCAUCCUCGAGGACGGGGUCGUACCUCCGCGCGGUUGCAUCUGCCGAAUGAGCGAGGAAGAGUUAAGUGUGCUUCGAGCACAACUCGACGACCUUCUGGAGAAAGGUUGGAUUCGGCCUAGCUCAUCGCCAUACGGUGCUCCUGUUCUCUUCAUCCGGAAGAAGAGCAAGUACCUGGGGUUGUGCAUCGAUUAUCGCAAGCUCAACGUACAGACGAUCAGGAAUGUCGGCCCUCUCCCAUGCAUCGACGACCUUCUCGAGCGACUGGGCGGCGCCAAGUUCUUCUCCAAGUUGGACCUCAAGUCAGGAUAUCACCAACUCGAGAUUCGCAAGGAGGAUCGCUACAAGACCCCGUUCAAGACAUGGUAUGGGCAUUUCAAAUGGCUGGUCAUGCCGUUUGGCCUUACGAAUGCCCCAGCCACUUUCCAAGCGGCUAUGGCAACGGAGUUCCGACACAUGCUGGAUCGGUUUGUACUCAUCUACCUCGACGACAUCUUGGUGUAUAGUCGGAGUUUGGAAGAGCAUGUGGAACACCUGCACACCGUUUUGGAGCGGCUACGACAGGCCAAGUACAAAGCAAACCGCGACAAGUGCAAGUUCGCACAGCAGGAGCUGGAGUACUUGGGCCACUAUGUGACGCCGAAAGGCAUCCGUCCGCUCGCGGACAAGAUCGAGGCCCUACGAGUGUGGCCCGAGCCCACCAACACCACGGACGUUCGUUCAUUCAUGGGAUUGGCGGGCUACUAUCAGCGAUUCAUCACUGGAUAUUCCAGGAUUGCUGCACCUAUGACGAGGUUACAGUCGCCAAAGGUGCCAUUCGUAUUCGAUGACGACACACGCCGGUCAUUCCAAGCACUUAAGACGGCUAUGCUCAUGGCACCCGUCCUUAGCAUCUAUGACCCCACCCUGCCGACGAGAGUGACUACGGACGCUUCCAGCUAUGGCGUUGGGGCAGUCUUGGAACAACACGACGGCGGCGACUGGCACCCUGUGGAGUACUUCAGCCACAAAGUACCUCCCAUCAACUCGCUUGAUGAUGCAAGGAAGAAGGAGUUACUCGCGUUAACAUGGGUUACGGACAACAAUCCAUUGACCUACUACAAGACGCAGGAUACGGUGAGCAGCACGAUCGGACGAUGGAUGUACUUCAUCGACCGGUUUGACUUCACACCGAAACAUCUUCCCGGCCUCUCCAAUCGCGCAGCGGAUGCACUCUCGCGAAGACCUGAUCUUUGCGCGAUGACUCAUCAUGCCUUCGCGUUCGACGAGGAGCUUCAGCGACACCUCAUCCGGGCAUACCAGUCAGACCCGAACUUCGCCACGCUAUAUGCACAACUAUCUUCGGAUCACCCGCCGGCCAGCCAUUACCGCAUUGUCGACGGGUACUUGCUCCUCCACUCGAGAGGCAAGGACUUACUAUGUGUCCCACGCGAUCGCCGUCUUCGGACUCGCCUCCUCGGCGAGUAUCAUGAUUCGCGACUCGCCGGCCAUUUCGGAGUCAACCGCACUAUUGCACGGCUUCGACAGCGAUUCCGAUGGCCCGAUCUCAUUUCCGAUGUCACUCGGUAUUGCGACUCUUGCGAAGUUUGUCGACUCAGCAAGCCCCGCAACCGCAAUCCCUACGGCGAGUUACACCCGAUGCCUAUCCCACAAGAAGCUGGUCUCUCCAUUGCCAUGGACGUCACUGGUCCGUUUCCCCGCGACCGGCUCGGGCAUGACAGCAUCCUCACGGUUGUGGACCGAUUGAGUAAGUACGCGCGUUUUCUCCCUUGCAAGUACUACUCCACGGCUCCCGAGCUGGCACGCCUCUUGCACACUGGUUGGAUUUGUGGCCACGGUGUACCAGAAGACAUAGUAAGCGACCGUGACACUCGUUUCAUGUUAGCAUUUUGGACUGCGCUCAUGCAGGAGUCCGGCACGACGAUGAAACCUAGUUCGGCUCGGCAUCCUCAGACAGACGGGCAGACGGAGCGGGCACAUCAAACCGCUCAAAUGAUGCUUCGUACGCUCAUCCGUCCGGUCCAGAAAGAUUGGGUUGACCGCCUCCCCGACAUUGAGUUCGCCUACAACACUUCAGUGCACCCGACGAUCGGCGUGACUCCAUUCGAGUUGCACCACGGUGGACGGAAAGGCCGCAUCUUCGCCGACCUUCUCCUCCCUCGACCAGCCGACAUUGACACCGCCUGCUCCCCCGCUUCCGUUCGGAAGUACAUGGACUUGCUGACUCAAGCCCGCGCGAAUAUGCAAAAGGCUCAAGUCCGCAUGCAACAGCAAGCCAACAGGCGUUGCGUGCCAUAUCCUAUCCGCGCCGGUGAUCUUGUUUGGGUCUCCGCGGAAGAGUUUGCACUGGAACAGGACGUUUCACGCAAACUGCUUCCCAAGUGGUUUGGACCAUGGACUGUGACAGCAGCCGCGGGCGAUGAGCCCGAAGGCCCUUCGUUUGUGAUCAACAUUCCAGAGCAUCUGACGGUCCAUCCAGUCUUUCAUGCCUCGAAGCUGGCAACUUACACGCCAGCCAAGAGCGACGACUUUCCGGGCCGACGAUCGCAGGACCCUCCCUCUAUGGAUGGUCAUCAGGAAGUUGACCGCAUCAUCACCGAUCGCAAGUACGGCAGCAAGCCGCGGUAGUACAAAGUCACAUUCAAAGCAUGCGAUCGCGACGACACUCGGUGGAUUUCAGGCGCAGACAUGAAAGCAUCCGCACC